UUUUCAAAGUGAUUACCUCUGGGAGUGAAGCCGUCGCUUACAUCUGCAAUUAUCACGUGCAUUUAUCUAUUGAUGAAGGACUGGCGAUGGUUACGCUUGAUGGUUUUUGUUAAUGGAGUGAUUCAGCUGUUUUUCUCAUAAAUGAAUCAUUAUGUAAAUCAAUUGUACCUCCCCCAAGGAGCUCAGUUUCUUUUUUUUUUUAAUCUUUCUGGCAAAUAAUUAUCAAGCCUGAACAGUGGGACAGCUGCACAUUAGGACUCUAGUCGCUGCUACCUGGAAUCUCUGGUACAUAAACCUGGAGAUGGUUGUGGAGAAAGUCAGUGUGUGAAUUGGGCAUGUCUAGGGUGGGCUACUAAGAAACCGCAUUUGGUAAAGAAGCGCCUGCCUUGACACAGGCAAUUAUGUUUGAAGCACCCACAUCCGGAGCAGUCGCCCUGGAGCCACACAAAGACAAUGAUGCCCAAGAGACUUGUCUCCAAAACACUGAGUCCAGCUCGCUUAAACCAACAUUAAAAGAGAUGAUGGUGGAUUUCAUAAUGAGGCUCAAGAUCCAUGGUGUGAAGUAUGUCUUCUCUUCGGACAAGUCUAAACUGCAGCGAGUCAUCUGGAUCAUGGCCUUCUUCGUUUGUGUCAGUCUCCUGUGCACCUGGUCCUGGAAUCGAAUCAUCUACCUGCUGUCCUACCCUGCCGUCACGAAGAUCUACGUGGUAUGGGCUCACAACAUGUCCUUCCCAGCUGUUACUUUCUGCAAUAAAAAUGUGUUCCGGGUAUCCUCUCUGACCAAGGAUGACCUGUAUCACAGCGGCUACUGGAUGGACCUCAUGUAUCCUAAUCACACAGUGAUGGAGAGGAGCCUGUCUAUCAUUAAGGACAGCCACAAGCAGGGUCUCCUGAGCCUGCUGGACUUUGACAACUACACCCCACCCCCUGAUUACAGCAUCAACACCACCGAGAUGAUGGGACGCCUCGGCCACCAGUUGGAGGACAUGCUGCUGGUGUGCAGGUUCCGAGGGGAAACCUGCACCUACAAAAGCUUCAGCACUAUUUACACACGCUACGGAAAAUGCUACACAUUCAACUCUGGAUUAGACGGCAACCCUUUGUUGACCACGUUAAAAGGUGGCACAGGGAACGGCUUGGAGAUCAUGUUGGAUAUUCAGCAGGAUGAAUAUCUGCCUGUUUGGGGAGAGACAGAUGAAACCUCCUACGAAGCAGGCAUCAAGGUUCAGAUCCACAGCCAGGACGAGCCGCCCUUCAUUGACCAACUGGGAUUUGGUGUGGCCCCUGGUUUUCAAACUUUUGUGUCAUGUCAGCAGCAACUGCUUCAGUACCUCCCUCCGCCUUGGGGAGAUUGCAAGUCUACUCCCAUAGACUCUGAAUACUUCUCGACGUACAGCAUCACCGCCUGCCGCAUUGACUGUGAAACCCGGUACCUGCUGGAGAACUGCAACUGCAGGAUGGUUCACAUGCCUGGGACCUCAACAGUUUGCACACCUGAGCAGUACAAAGACUGUGCUGACCCAGCUUUAGACUUUUUGGUAGAGAAAGACAACGAUUACUGUGUCUGUAAGACCCCCUGCAACAUGACUCGCUAUGGCAAGGAGCUGUCCAUGGUUAAGAUCCCCAGUAAGGCAUCUGCUAAGUAUCUGGCUAAGAAAUUCAACAAAACUGAGCAAUAUAUUGGGGAAAAUAUAUUGGUCAUGGACAUCUUCUUUGAAGCUCUGAAUUAUGAGAAGAUUGAGCAGAAGAAGGCCUAUGAAAUUGCAGGGCUUCUCGGUGACAUUGGAGGUCAGAUGGGGCUGUUUAUCGGAGCCAGUGUCUUAACAAUACUCGAAAUAUUUGACUACCUAUAUGAGGUGAUUAAGGAUAAGGUUUUGGGCUACUUCAUACGCAAGAAACGACCACAGCGUUGUCAGAGCGACAAUCUGGAGUUUCCAGAGAACCCAACCAGCCCUGGUGUCACGCCUAAUCAUGCCCCCAGAGCACCUGUGACACCCUCCGGAGUCACUCGGACAGUCUCGGAUUCACGCCGAACAUGUUACCUCGUCACCCGACUCUAGGCAACUUUGAAGAGUUUGCUUGUUGACAACAUAAAGUAGGGGUUGGGGGUGGGGUGGCACAUCUGGGGACUUGACGGCAAACUGUGAAAUAAUUAAUGUAUUUAACGGUUGAGUGUAUAACUCAAAAACAUAUACAUGUAAUAGAGUUUAUCAAUGCCUGAAUAGAAAUAGAGUACUAUCAUCAGAAAAAAAGAGACCACUUCCAAAACAGAACUCAGGUUUAACUGCCAUGUCAAGGCAUCAGUGUUAAUUUAUUCAUGUUUCAUUUCGUGGAUUUGUUUUUCUUAUGCAGUCAUUUUAGAGUUAUACAAUCAGUGAUGAGAAAUGGGUCCAAAAAAGGCUUUCUGACCUGUGAUGAGAUGUAGUACUGUUGUGCAGGUUUUGCUGUACAUCAAUUAAAAGAAAAAAAGAAAAAAAAGAGAAUACAUGUGGAUUGGUAUGUGUAGCAUUGCAGUUUCUCAACAGUGUUACGUCUCCAGCAUCUAACUAAUGCUGUAUUGAGUGACCUUAUACUGUCACCAGUUUGAACAGGAGAGCCUUUUCAGAAAUCUACUUGACUUCAAUAAGCCGAUUGUUGGAUAAAAGAGCUGCUCAUACCUGAAUCAAAACACUAGACUGGUGUUUAAUGUUGCCUUUUGCUGCUGUGAGGCUUUGGAUUGUCUCAUAAAUUAGACGACUGUGCUAAAUCAAUUUAAAAACGGAAAAGGAACUUAAUUUUUUGGAUAUAUGCAAGUAUCUAGUUUUGAUUUACGUGGAUGGCGGUAACCGCUGAAUUGGAUGGGUUUGUUAACUUAAGUCACUUUUUACACACAGUAAGGGUAAAAAAGGCCAAAAAAGGCUGUUGAUUGUAUCUUUAUUUAGCUGACGUGUCAAUCUUCAUUGUUUUCCCAUUUUGUGGAAUAGUGUUGCUGUGCUGACUGUCACAAAAAAAUGCUAGCAUGCAGCUUGCUGCAGAAAUUCUCCUUUAUUUAUUUACAUUGAAUUCACUAGAAGAGGAACAAUCAGGUUUUCCUUUUUGCCUUUUUAAUAAUUCUCAAUUCUUUUUUCAUUACUGUGUCUUAAAGGUGUUCAUCAGCACAAUCCCCUGUGAUAGUAAUCUAUUCUCUAUUGAACAUACGUAGACUUUAAAAGGCUUGUUGGUGACAUUCCUAGACUUGAGAGAAAUUUGUAAAUACAAAUAAAAUCAAAUGCCAUUAAGAAAUUCUAUACUGCUCGUGUGAGACAUUUGUCAAAAAUAUAUGUAUCAAUAUAUCGAUAUAUAUAUAUAGAGAGAGAGAUAAGUGUUUUUUCAUCUGUUCUUACACCAAAAGGAAUUUGGAUUUUCUAUCUGGGUGGGCCGUAAGUGUCUUUGAGUUUCUGGUGAUUACAGUAUAAUGUGACUGACAACUAAAUAGACUUUAUUAGAUACAAGAGAAUUGCCUCAAAACAUCAAAACCACCACGCACCUCAGCCCCAUUCAGUUCAAAUGAUUUAUGACAGAAAUGCAUUGUACAAUUUUACCAUUGUAUCCUUUUAUUAUUAUUCCAGAAGAUGUAAUAAGUCACAAAUAACAGUUUGUGAUGUAUAAAUGAUUAAGUAUAAUAAACUCUAUAUUUACCCAUCUUA